AUGACGGACCUGCUCCAGCUUUUGCCAGACUUCCCCGUGAGGCAGUUUGCCGGGCUGGUGCAGACUCUGGAACGACAUCAUAUCUCUACCACCGAGCUUCUUACUCUGGACAUUGUCGACAUAGGCAAGCGCACUCAGCUGCCGCUCCUCGACGUCAAGAGACUAUGUGCGGCAGUCGUUGACGCCCUUCACCACGACUUCGGCCCCUCUCACCGGGAUGCUGAGGACGAGGACGACGCCCCUCUCAGGCGAACACUCACAGACCUGGAAAACCAAUGGUCUACCAUCAGCACUCUCGACGAGGACUUGGAUCUUGCAUUGGGAGGAGGUGUUCCGACAGGGUACGUGACCGAGAUCACGGGCGAGAGCGGCGUGGGGAAAACGCAGUUCUUGUUGUCACUACUGCUGGCUGUUCAGCUUCCACCGCCUUAUGGACUCGGUCGCCCGGCCUUGUAUAUCACAACGGAGGCUCAGCUGUCUACCCGACGGCUUUCACAGAUACUGUCAGCAAAUUCUCGAUUUGCACAUCUUCCGCUGGAAGAACGGCCAUCCUUCGACGCCAUCUCAAGCACAUUAACACCCGAUCUUGAGUCGCAAGAGCACAUCCUUCAGUUCCAGGUGCCAGUGGAAGUAGAGAGACGCAACAUCGGACUUAUCGUUCUGGACUCGGUGGCCUCCAACUACCGCGCCGAGUUCGAAAGGGGGGCUGUCAGCAAUCAGGGCUCGAACAUGGGAGCCCGCAGCAACGAGUUGACACGGCUGGGUGCCUUGCUUAGAGAGCUGGCUCAGAAGUAUAACCUGGCUGUUGUGGUGUCCAACCAGGUCGCGGACCGAUUCUCCAGCCCGGUUGCAGUGUCCAGGAUGCCGGCUCCAAGCAGUCACGUGGGGUUUACUCAAGAGAGCCCAUUGGCAUCGAGAAGCAGAGGUCCGCCGGCAACCUUCUCUCCGUCCGCCAUGGAACCGACCUCAUCCAUGGCCGAGCAGCUCCGUUCCAGUAUGCCGGAACCUCCAGGCCUGAAUGAAGUUGGACCACCAGCCCUCCCCGCGCUGGCACUGGAUCAUCAGCAGCGCUGGUUUACAGGGUGGGGUGACGAUCCGAUGGCUGAUUUCGGGCUCAAGACACCGAGUUUGGGGCUGGUGUGGUCCACGCAGAUCGCAUGUCGCAUUGCCCUUUUCAAGAAGCCUGUUUACGGAGUUCAUCGACACGUGGAUGAUGAGGGUGAAGGCGGAGGAGUGCCAGCGCUCAAGAACUGGCGACGAUGGAUGAAGAUAGUAUUCGCUCCGCAUGCCAAGGCUACAGGACAAGGAUUGGACAGCGCUGUCGAGUUUGCGGUGACUAUGGCCGGACUGAAGGCAACGACACGAAGUAUCAACAAUAUUUCCGUCACAAGCUUGGGUUAUGUCAUGUUCGGGCACACAAUGAGGUACGACUACCUCUUCAAGCUUCUCCUCAUCGGUGACUCCGGUGUUGGAAAGUCUUGCUUGCUUUUGCGAUUCGCCGACGACACCUACACUGAGUCCUACAUCUCCACCAUCGGUGUUGACUUUAAAAUCCGCACGAUAGAGCUGGACGGAAAGACGGUGAAGCUGCAGAUCUGGGAUACUGCUGGCCAGGAGCGUUUCCGCACCAUCACCUCCUCCUACUACCGUGGUGCCCACGGCAUCUGCGUCGUCUACGAUGUCACCGACAUGGACUCCUUCAACAACGUGAAGCAGUGGCUUCAGGAGAUCGACAGAUAUGCCACUGAGGGCGUCAACAAGCUGCUCGUCGGCAACAAGAGCGAUAUGUCCGACAAGAAGGUUGUCGAGUACACCGUUGCCAAGGAGUUCGCCGACAGCUUGGGCAUCCCGUUCCUCGAGACCUCUGCCAAGAACGCCAGCAACGUUGAGCAGGCUUUCCUCACCAUGGCCCGCCAGAUCAAGGAGCGCAUGGGCAGCACGACCGCGAACAACACGAAACCCAGUGUGCAGGUCGGACCCGGACACGGCGUCUCUUCGAACUCCGGCGGCGGCUGCUGCUAA